UUUGCUACCAUCUUUGUUGGGGGCGGACAACCUGCAGGCCAGAAUAUCCUCUCGCCAGUCACUUCCUUAGUAUCUCUCAACAGUCGCUAGCUAUGCUAGAAAAAUACGAGGAAGGUUGGAGCCAAGGAGUGAGCUUUUCGCCAAAGACUUUCCCUUCCGAUGCCCCAUUGGCCCCUAGUGACAUGCGGACCCGGGAAAGCGCGUGUCGCGCCGGUGACGUCGCGGCCGGUUCUCCGCCAUCUUAGCUGUGGACGAGAGGUGGCAACUUCGGAGGAGCCAAGAGGGGUACGGCUGCGUAAAUGCCGGGGCUCGGCGGGCGUGGGCUCUGGUUGGGCCUGGCCGUGGCUGUGGCGGCGGCGGCGGCGAUGGCCGUACGGCUGAUGGGCUGGUGGAGUCCCCGCGCCGACUUUCGCCUUUUCAUACCCGAGGAGCUGGCCCGCUAUCGCGGCCGCCCAGGGGACCCGGGCCUCUAUUUGGCCUUGCUCGGCCGCGUCUACGAUGUGUCCCCUGGCCGGAGGCACUACGAGCCCGGGGCCCACUAUAGCGGCUUCGCAGGCCGAGAUGCAUCCAGAGCAUUUGUGACCGGGGACUACUCUGAAGCAGGCCUUGUAGAUGAUGUAUCCAACCUGUCAUUUUCUGAGAUGCUGACACUCCAAAACUGGCUUUCAUUCUAUGAGAAGAAUUACAAAUUCAUUGGAAGGGUGAUAGGAAGGUUCUAUGGAGAGGAUGGGCUCCCCACCCCAGAACUGACCCAGGCAGAAGCCAUGAUGACCAAAGGCUUGGAAGCAGACAGACAGGAGCUGACAGAGAAGCAGAGGUUCCCACCGUGCAACGCUGAGUGGAGCUUCAUCAGGGGUAGCCGGUUCUGGUGUUCCCAACAGAGUGGAGGUGUGAGCAGAGACUGGAUCGGCGUUCCCAGGAAGCUGUUUAAGCCAGGUGUCAAGCCCCACUGCGUGUGUGUGAGAACAACUGGCCCCCCGAGUGACCAGUCGCCGGAAAACCCUCUGCACAGAAAUCGUGGGGACCUGGACCACCCCAACUUGGGGGAGUACCCAGGCUGCCCACCCCUCUCCAUCACAUGCUCUGUCCCCCUCUAAGCUGUACCCUGUGUGUCCAUAACCCCCAGGGAACCCUGCCUAGAGCCCUAACAAGCCGGAGGAUGGCUCCUAUGUGAACAAGAGGGCCUGGAAGGACUGGCCUACACUCUGCAGACGGGACUCAUGCCCUCUCCGCGGGCUCACUGUCUGGUGACUUAGGCCAGCGCGUGGCCACCUGCCUGGUACUGGUCAGUCUGUUGUUGCCGCUGUUCCUUGGGUCUCUUCCUCUGGAGCUGGCAGACAUUCAUUAAUGGGCACAGAUAUGACCAACUCGAAACUCACUGGACCGACACACAAAAGGACUCUGUGUUCCAACAGCUUCUUUCCCAGGGACUCCCGGGCUGCCAGAUCAGCCGCUGGCCUGGCCCUGCUUGUAACGCCCACCCUGGUCAGGGAUCAGGGGCUCUGGCACUCCUUCACCAUCCAGAAACAAGCAGACACAUCCAGAAAGGCCAGAUGAAUGAGCAGUGCUAACACAGCCCUGUUCCCGUUCCCCACGUGCUAUUGUGAGCCCUUUAGCAACCAUUCUUAGAUUUAAGACCUGUGCCCAAAGGCAAACCUGCAUUGACAACCAAAAGCCACACUGAGUUAAUCUGAUCUGGACCCAUAUAGAGGUGAACCGGGACAGGCUGAUUCUGGAAAUGGAAAAGCUUUUGCUUGUGUAGAUGCAGCAAAUCCAGAUCUCUCUGAACAGAGCAACAAUUUAUGUAGUCCUUUGUGUUUUUAAUUAAAAAAAAAA